CAAGUUUAACAGAUUCGACGGUUUGGAGAUAGCACUGAAAGCCACCCAAUAGAUUUCUCUUGUUCCACCAGUUGAAGCAAUGUCGCAGCCAUCUCAAACUACCCAGCCAAGCCCCGGUAACCAGCUUUACCCCGACAUGCCGGCAAUGCGAGCUCCGGGGUUGGAAUUUGUGUACCGCCUUGUUGCCAAGAUGCAUCCAACCAAUGGCUACGAUAUUGAAAACAUACAAGGCACGGGUAUCACAAGGUCAAUUGCAGCUAUUGAAUCUGGCACUGUAAAAGGUCCAGGUAUAGAGGGCACCGUUGUCGAGAACAGUGGUGCUGAUUGGGCAGAACAAGUUCAUUCCAAGAAGGCUCGUGGGCUGUUCCGACCUGGGCCAGGCAUCGAGUUCUCCCAGCCAGACUCAAUUGACGUAGAUUAUACGCAGGAUGAGGUGGAAUACUUUACUCAUAUCACUUUUGAAGCAGCGGGAAAUAGUCCGUACAACUGGAUGAAUGGUAUCGUGGCCAUUGGGGCUAUGCAGUCAUUUGAAGGGGCUGCUGUGAUAGAUUGCUGGCGAUUGACCAACUUCCUUGGACAGAAGGUUGAAGAUGUUUACGUAGGCAGAUAG